AAUGUAGUAAAUCAAUAACACGUGUAAAAAAAAAAAAAGAUUUAAUGAAGCUAGCGACACGAAGAUGGGGAUUUUGGUGUCAGUUUAUCUAUGAUACCAGUAUUUAUUCAAACUAAUACGAUGUUGGUCCUUGCAGUUGAAGAUACAUUGUCAGAAUUUUAAUAAUUUGAGUAGUUUAAAGGAUUCAAAGGAAAAGUAGAAUCAUGUUCGUGGCAGUGGAGAUGGUUGACACUGUCAGAAUCCCCCCAUGGAAUUUCCAGCGGCAGUUCAAUGAAGCCAUAGCCGAAGAACUCAACAAGAAAUUGGCCAAUAAGGUGGUUUACCAGGUUGGCCUCUGUAUCUGUUUGUAUGACAUCACAAAACUGGAGGAUUCCUACAUAUUCCCAGGUGAUGGAGCUUCCCACACCAAAGUCCACUUCAGGUAUGUUGUGUUCCACCCUUUCUUGGAUGAGAUUCUUGUUGGAAAGAUCAAAUACUGCAGUCAAGAAGGAGUACAUGUCAGCCUAGGAUUCUUUGAUGACAUCGUCAUUCCCCCAGAGUCCCUACAGCAGCCUGCAAAAUUCGACGAAGCGGAGCAGGUGUGGGUGUGGGAGUAUGAGACGGACGAAGGGGCCCAUGACCUCUACAUGGACCAAGGUGAGGACAUCCGCUUCCGGAUCACAGAUGAAGUCUUCUUGGACACGUCGCCCACAGGACCUUCUGCCGCAGCAACCAACACCCCUGCAGCUCCAGGAGCAGAGGAGGGUGGCCAGAAGAAAGAGGCCCCUUACACACUGCUAGGUACCAUUAGCGAGCCAGGCUUGGGCCUCCUGUCCUGGUGGAACAGCUAGCGAAAGGAGAGACCAUUACAGUAGAGAAAACAGGGGAGACUGCUGUCAAGUAUUCAUCCCAGCUGCUGGACAUACACCUUCUUUUUGGACUCUUCUCAGUCACUCCUCCCAGGUUGUGACUUUAACACUGGAGAAACAUGCCUCUUAAGUGUCCUCAAGGCUAAUAGACACAGAACUGUGGGCUCAAGUAGAGGAGCCAGGAUUCCCAUAAUAGGAACUGCCCUAUCUGCCUUCAUAAUGGCAAACCCGAGGACAAGGGACUAGUAGCAAGGAUUUCUAAUAGAGCACACAGGCAGGGGACGUGGAGAACUGUCUCACUUGCAAAGCUGUAGAUCCACUUCCCCCUGUAUAUUGUAAAUACUACCACCAUAACUGUUAACGUACCAGCAGUUACACCUGGUGCACAUGACUGUAAGAAAGACUGAUUAAAGGUCCCCAAUUGGCCUAUUUAGUGUCACCAUGUAAGUCUGAGUGUUCAGUUGAACAAAUAAUGGAGUGAGUGUGCCUAAAUAUACAGUUGUGUGUUGUCUUUGUGACCAGUAUAAUGUUUCCUCAGUGAUCAUUUUUGUUUGCAUAAUUUUAAGUUGGGUUAUUUAAGCAAUGAGGCCCAAGGACGUGAUGGUAUAUGGCUAGUAUACUACGGCUAAGGGCUGUUUUUAGGCACAUCGCAGAGUGCCUGGACACAGCCCUUAGCCGUGGUAUAUUGGCCAUAUAUCACAAACCCCUGAGGUUUCUUAUUGCUGUUAUAAACUGGUUACCAACAGUAAUUAGAGCAAUACAAAUACAUGUUUUGUCAUACCUGUGGUAUAUGUUCUGGCUCGAACCACCCAGUUUAUAAUUGUGUAUAGGACAUGUAUCCCAAAAAUAUAAUUAAAAAAGUACAGUCCUUAGGAAAUGCUGUCAUGAACCCACAA